AUGGACAAUAGAGCGGCUAAACUAGCGGCUGCACGCCAAAAGCUAAAAACCCAUCAAGAAAAAAAGUUGAUACGCUCGGAUGCGUCACAUAUAGCUCAUCAGUUGGUGAAAGAAACCACAGAAAAAAACGUUAGUCCAAACAUUGGCGCAAGUGAAGCUAACGAAAUAAUAUCACUUGAAAUAAAAAAUAUUGGCACAAAAAAUAUUCCAGAAGGACCAGAAAAUAAUUUAAGUGUAACCGAAAUGUUAAUUUCAAAUAAGACAAAGCUUGAGGCACAAGUAAUGAAAUUAGAAACACAACUAACACAAUUACAGUGUAACUAUAAUUCAGCGAUGGAACAACAAAAUGUUUAUGAGCAAACUAUUAGUCGUUUGGAAAUGGAGCUUCAAUCAACGCAGGAAAAAUAUGGUAUAUAUAAUGAAGAAAUUUGUUUAAAAAAUAAGAUGAUUGCUGAUUUACAGAAUAAAAAUUCUGCCUUAACUGAUGAAAACAACAAUUUACUUGAACAAAUGGAAUUUACUAAGACUAUUUUAACGGUUAAAGAAAGUGAGAAUUUUCAACUUAGUAAUCAAAUUUCUGUCCUUCAGAAUCAAUUAGAUGCAGCUCACUUGCAAAUUAGGCAGUUAACAAAUGAUUCUGAUGUUAACAUAAAUCAUAACAAUGAAGAUAAUCCAUCAAAUUCAGAACUUAAUCACAAGAUAUCAAAUUUAGAACAACAACUACAUGCACUCAAAAAAGAAAGAGAUAAUAUAAAUCAACAUUAUGAACAUUAUGUUAAUGAACUGAAUAUGGAAAUUAAAGCAUUGAGUACUAAAAAUGAUGCAUUGAACCAAGAAAUACAACAACUUUACAAUAGGGAAAAUAGUCUUGUUGAUCAAAUUAGUGAUAUGGAAAUAAGGCUUCAAAGCUAUCAUGUAAAUAAAGUUACUGAAGAGGGAAAAAAUGCCAAUGAAUUACAAGAAAAAUUGAAAACCAUUGAAACUAAAUUUCAAGAAUUAAGUGAUAGCUAUGCAAUUCUACAGACUAAAUAUUCAGAAAGCCAAGCCAGGAUUGAAGUAUUGAGUAAGAGUAACAAGAUUGAUUAUGAUCAGGACAAUAUAAAAGUUUCAAAACUCAAUGCAGAUAUUACCAGUGACAAAGUUGCAGCUCAGAGGGCCAUGGAACAGAAUAAAAAACUGAAAACUGAUUUGGAAGAACUGGAGUUUGCUUUUGUCAAAAUGAGUAAAGAUAAAUUAGAUCUAACUGAAAAAUUGACACAUGAAAAGCAUUUAACUAAAGAAUUGAUGCUUAAACUUGCUGAAAUAGAAGAGAAUACUAAAUCAUUGCAUAGUAAACUGAUGGCUAAAGAUGAGGAAAUGAUAAGAUUACAGAACAGUUAUAGACUCUUAGAAAAAAAAUAUGAAACUUUGGCUGAGAAUAAGCAACAACUUUCAGUGGAACAGCAUAAUCAUGUUCAAGAUCAAAUAGAUAUAAACUGCAACCAGGAGAAAACUAUACAUGACCCUGCUAAAAUUCACGAAGGCCACAAAGAAUUGAUUGAAAGUAGCAAUGAAGAAACAAAAUUAAGUAUUGCAAAAGAAGAUGCUAUGCUAAAGCUUCAAGAGCGUUUUCUUAAUAUAAUGGAUGAAGUUGCUAAUUUAUCGGAUGAAAAGCACAGACUUGAACACAUUAUUCUUCAACUGCAAAAUGAAACGGACACAGUAUGUGAAUACAUAGCUCUAUACCAACAACAAAGAAGCUUACUGAAGAAGAGAGAUGAAGAUAGAAGUGAGCAAAUAAAAAUGUUUCAAAAAGAAAGUGAUAAGUUGAGGAGACAAUUACAAGAUCUUAAUAAUUUGCUAUUAAGAUUUGCUAAUGAUAAAAAUUUAGAAACUUAUUUACAAGAUGAGUCUAGAAAGGUUGAUCUAGCUAAGGAAAGAAAUGUAGUACUCGUUACCGAAAAUGUGUUAGUACAUGCAACACAAAAUUGGUCUCCUGACAGGAAUAAACAAGUUUCUUACUCUCGCAUUGAUAAAAGUGAUAACGACAAUUCUAUUGAAAUAAUUUUAGAUAACCGUUCGAUGCCCAUUGAGUCUGAAUUUAGAACUGAUUAUAUUAAAAUAAAAUUGGAAGAAAUAGCAAGCUCAUAUUUAGAUAAUAUUAUGGAGAAGAAUUCGUUUGAAAAAACAGCUACUUCCCACUCAGUAAAAACCACAAGACCAACACAAGUCCAACUCGAUAUACCUAGCUCUCAGACUCAAAAGAACAAUGAAGACAGGACACCAGAAAAUAUUGAUGAACAUCUGGACGAUACUGUUUUACCCCAAAUUGUUUGUGAAACUUCUAAUCAAAGUAAUAUUAUUCAAAACAAUGAAAUUGAACCAGGAUCAUCAGAUUUUUUUGCAGAAAAAUCAAGAGAUGUUUCACAAGAUAAUACAGAAUGUGAUGUAGAGAUGGGUCAGGAUUUUAGCUCUGGCUCUGAUGAUGAAUGGCAACCUGUCAGUCAUGAUUUGAUAACAUCUAUUGAAAACGAAGAAUCUACAAGUAAAUCUGACUCCGAUGAUGGUGAUGGUGACGAUAAUAUCCCAUUGGCUUUAUUAUGUAGAAAGAGGAAGAAAGGUUAUGGUCCUUAUCAAAGAAAGCUACGAAAGGAGCGUACGGAAAAACGUCGAAAAGGCGAGGAAUAUGUAACUGCAAAAGGAAAAUGUAUACCAAAGCGUUAUCCGGGUGGAUUUUCAGAUAAUUGUAGGGCAAAAUGUCAACAAAAGCUUAAGAAAAUUAAUUUGAACCAGCUUUACAUUGACUACAGGGAAUUGCCGUCUAGAAAAGCACAAAAGAGAUAUUUGAGUGGAUUGAUUAAAAUUAAACCAAAAGAGCGUACAAGAAGAAAUUCAUUUAUGAAAAACAGAGAGGUAACAGUUGUUUACAAUAUAGAUUGA